AAAAUCCGUCAGAUGGCAUAAUAUAAGAUGUCAUGCCGUAAUAGAGUGAUUCUUUUGUUUCUAAAUAUAGUAACUAAUAUAGAUCUUUGAUAGUUCAAUUCCUCCCCUUAUCGUUUUACGUAUAAUUGACUAUUUGUGCAUUUAAACUGUAUUAGUGUAUUGUAUUGUUACCUAGCAACAUUUGGCCGCCAUGUUGUUUUGGUCACGCGCAAUACCUCUAACGAAAAGUGCAUUGGGAAUAUCAGAGUUCGUCUGCUUCAAAAUGUCUCUGAAAACUUUAACUCUAGACACGAUCAAUCCUAACAUUAAGAAGAUGCAAUAUGCAGUGAGAGGACCUCUAGUUAUAAGGGCAACGGCCAUAGAAAAAGAAUUAGAAAAAGGUGAAAAAAAGCCUUUCCAAAAUGUUAUUAAAGCAAAUAUUGGUGACUGUCAAGCAAUGGGGCAAAAGCCGAUAACAUUUAUUCGUCAAGUUAUUACAUUGUGUACAUACCCAGAAUUAUUAAAUUCUGAUGAUUUUCCUUCUGAUGUAAAAGAAAGAGCUAAAACUAUUUUAUCAGGUUGUGGUGGAGGUAGUGUUGGUUCUUAUAGUGACAGUGCAGGUGUUGAAAUUAUAAAAAAACACGUUGCUCAGUAUAUUGAACGACGUGAUGGCAUUCCAUCAGACUAUAACAACAUUAUUUUAUCUACUGGUGCUAGUGAAGCCAUAAAAUCUGUCCUCAGCUUAUUGAAUUAUUCUGUAAGUGAUAAAUUACCAGGUGUUAUGACUCCUAUUCCUCAGUAUCCAUUAUAUUCAGCAACAUUAGCAGAAUAUAAUAUGGAGCAAAUUGGUUAUUAUUUGGAUGAAGAUAAUGAAUGGGCAUUGAGUAUUGAUGAAUUGAAAAAUGCAAUUUCUAAAGCAAAAGAAACUUGUGAACCACGAGCAAUAGUAGUAAUUAAUCCAGGAAACCCAACAGGUUCAGUUUUAACAAGAGAGAAUAUUGAAAAAAUUAUAAAAUUUGCAUAUGAAGAAAAACUUUUCAUUUUGGCUGAUGAGCAUCAAUCCAGCGAGAUGCUGCUGGAAGUGAUGCAACUGCCGGAUAUUUCAGGGGAGAAAAACAAUAAAAAUGGUUCUUAUAGUGACAGUGCAGGUGUUGAAAUUAUAAAAAAACACGUUGCUCAGUAUAUUGAACGACGUGAUGGCAUUCCAUCAGACUAUAACAACAUUAUUUUAUCUACUGGUGCUAGUGAAGCCAUAAAAUCUGUCCUCAGCUUAUUGAAUUAUUCUGUAAGUGAUAAAUUACCAGGUGUUAUGACUCCUAUUCCUCAGUAUCCAUUAUAUUCAGCAACAUUAGCAGAAUAUAAUAUGGAGCAAAUUGGUUAUUAUUUGGAUGAAGAUAAUGAAUGGGCAUUGAGUAUUGAUGAAUUGAAAAAUGCAAUUUCUAAAGCAAAAGAAACUUGUGAACCACGAGCAAUAGUAGUAAUUAAUCCAGGAAACCCAACAGGUUCAGUUUUAACAAGAGAGAAUAUUGAAAAAAUUAUAAAAUUUGCAUAUGAAGAAAAACUUUUCAUUUUGGCUGAUGAGGUAAGUACUGAUUUGAAAUCAGUUUUAAACAAUGUAAAAAUAUACAUAUACAUGGAUAUUAAAGUCAAGAUAUGUGGACUAAGAGGUGGGUACUGUGAAAUAAUAAAUUUGGAUCCUGAUGUCAAAGCAAUGUUACUUAAAUUAAUAUCAGCUCGUCUGUGCUCCAGUGUUUUAGGACAGGCAACUAUGGAUUGUGUAGUAAAUCCUCCUCAAAAGGGAGAACCUUCCUAUGAAUUAUUUAUCAAGGAAAAAACUGCUAUUCUGAAUUCUUUAAAGGAAAGAGCAAAAUUAGUAGCAAACACUUUUAAUAGUAUUGAAGGUAUUAAAUGCAAUGAAGUUGCAGGAGCUAUGUAUGCAUUUCCUCAACUGUUUUUGCCAGAAAAAGCAAUUCAAAAAGCUAAGUCACUUAAUCAAGAACCAGAUUUUUUCUACGCAAUGCAAUUAUUGGAAAAUACUGGUAUUUGUAUCGUACCGGGAAGCGGAUUUGGACAGAGACCGGGAACUUAUCAUUUCAGGACAACAAUAUUGCCUCAACCAGAUAAAUUGAAAAUUAUGAUGAAACGUUUCAAAGAAUUUCAUGAAAAGUUUUUAAAAAUGUAUAAGUAAGUAUUUUGAUCUCUCUGAAAUAUAAAUGGAUAAAGAGAAGCUCUACACCUAUAUCAGCAACAAAUUUACGUAUUGUCACACAUCACAGUCUUCUUAUUUGAAUAAUUUCAUGUCUUUAUACAAAUGAAAGAAAAUAGUUUGGACACAAACUUCACAAAUCUCACAAAAAUUGGCAAUAUUCAUUCCAUAUAUUAAUAUCAUUCCCAUUAUGCUAAUGAUUUUAUAAAUAUAAUUUCAUCAAAAUUUAAAAUAUAUUUGAUUGUAAAUGUUUUGGGGAUUAUAAUGAAUUAAGCAAAAUAUGCAUUUAUAAGUUAAUUUGUUAUAAAAAUCUUUUAAU